GACCCCCUCGACUGCUCCUCUGCCGUCCCACCCUGGACACUCCGGAGUCUUGGCCGGGCGACGUUUGCCAUGGGCUCGCCCUCCCUCCAACCCUUCCCCCUGGAGAAGUUUUCUUGACUCCUGGUUUCUCUUUCCGCCUCAGGAAAGGGACGCGGGAGGGACCCGAACCCGGCUCUGCUGAGGGAAAAUGCGAGCCGGGGGGUUGCUGGCCGGUUUCUCCGUGCUCAGCCUCCUUGCUCAAGGCUACCUAGCUGGGCCGACGGCAGAAGACCCCGAGGAACCCAACGGGACGGCCAAGUUGGAAGAAGGCUCCGAGACGCCACCUCCCCCCACUUUCCAGCCGCACCUCAUCUUCAUUCUGGCGGACGACCAGGGCUUCAGAGACGUCGGUUAUCACGGCUCAGAGAUCCGGACUCCUACCCUGGAUAAACUAGCCGCGGAAGGAGUUAAGCUAGAGAAUUACUAUGUCCAACCGAUGUGCACCCCGUCCAGAAGUCAGUUCAUCACUGGGAGGUAUCAAAUCCACACAGGUCUUCAGCAUUCUGUCAUACGGCCCACCCAGCCGAACUGCCUGCCUCUGGACAAUGUGACACUACCUCAGAAACUGAAAGAAGCAGGUUAUUCAACCCACAUGAUUGGCAAAUGGCACUUGGGCUUUUAUCGCAAAGAAUGUAUGCCAACUCAACGGGGCUUUGAUACCUUUUUUGGCUCUCUUUUGGGCAGUGGUGAUUAUUACACCCAUUACAAGUGUGACAGUCCUCGAAUGUGUGGCUAUGACUUAUAUGAAAAUGACAACGCUGCUUGGGAUCAUGACAAUGGAAUGUAUUCCACACAGAUGUACACUCAAAGAGUGGAACAAAUCUUAGCCUCCCAUAAUCCCAGGGAACCCAUAUUCUUAUACCUUGCAUACCAAGCUGUUCACUCACCACUUCAGGCCCCGGGCAAGUAUUAUGAACAUUAUAGGUCAAUUAAUAAUAUCAAUCGGCGCAGAUACGCUGCCAUGCUGGCAUGCUUGGAUGAAGCUAUCAACAAUGUGACCCGUGCAUUAAAGCGAUAUGGUUAUUAUAGCAACAGUGUUAUAAUUUACUCUUCGGACAAUGGAGGCCAGCCAACAGCUGGUGGAAAUAACUGGCCUCUCAGAGGAAGCAAAGGUACUUAUUGGGAGGGAGGGAUUCGAGCAGUUGGCUUUGUUCACAGCCCUUUACUUAAAACCAAGGGAAGUAUAUGCAAGGAGCUUAUACAUAUAACCGACUGGUUUCCAACACUUAUUACCUUAGCGGAAGGACAGAUUGAUGAAGAUAUACAAUUGGAUGGCUAUGAUGUUUGGGAGACCAUCAGUGAAGGCAGGAGGUCUCCAAGAAUAGAUAUUUUACAUAAUAUUGAUCCCAUAUACACAAAAGCCAGAAAUGGUUCUUGGGCAGCUGGCUUUGGAAUAUGGAACACUGCCAUUCAGUCAGCCAUCCGGGUAAGCCACUGGAAACUACUAACAGGAAAUCCAGGAUAUGGCGACUGGGUCCCUCCUCAGUCUUUUAGUAAUGUUGGUCCCAAUCGCUGGCACAAUGAACGGGUUUCAUGGACAGCAGGUAAAACGGUGUGGUUGUUCAAUAUCACGGCCGAUCCUUAUGAACGAGAGGACCUCUCCAAUAAGUAUCCAAGUAUAGUCAAGCAGCUGUUGCGAAGGCUCUCCCAGUUCAAUAAGACAGCCGUGCCUGUCCGCUACCCACCCAAAGACCCCAGGAGCAACCCAAAUUUUAAUGGGGGAGUGUGGGGCCCAUGGUUUAAGGAGAAUAAAAACAAUAAGAUGUUGAAUAAAAACAAGCUGGGUAAAAAGCAAAAGCAAACCAAGAAGAAAUCUAAUAGGCAGAAAGGACACUCCUUGAAUUGCCUUUUAAAUCAAUGAUUUCAGCUGGAAUUUUAUGCUGCAAUUCUAACCAUGCUUAUCUUCGUCAAAAGCAUUAUAGGCUGACUUCCAAAUAAAGGUGCGU